GGCUUAUAAUAUGCUCGCUUUGCCUGACGAGUGUGAAACAAGAGACUGGCAGUCAGUAAUGACGCAGUGUGACUUCGCAUUUCUCGGCCCUGUACUACAGGUCGUCCUGCUGGUUCCGGUAUUCAACGAGGCCUGGCAAACAGGUACCAGUUCAGAUGAUCCAGCGCAGAGUGACUAUUGUUAUGUUACUAUGUCGUCCUACGGUGUACAGUGCAGGUAUUUGCUGAGACAGCCUCCGAGUGGUCUAAAAUUAUCUGGUUAACUGUAAUCAUCCUCGUCUAAGCAAACCUGCCUUUUUUUUUCGGCUGCUUCUCCACUUGCUCGUCGACCCACAGUUACAUAGCCACAGUAUUGCUCAACACGCUGCGUUUUCCACGUACUUUGGCGAGCUCAUCGAAGAAUGUCCAAUCAGACGCUCGGGUCGAUGGGCCCCGUAGAGACUGCCAUACGGGAGAAGUUGACCACCCUGCUUCAACCCUUGCAACUCACCAUCACGAACGAAUCGCACGUCCAUCGCCACCACGCUGCAAUGAGGGCUCAAGGCGGUGGCAAUGGAGAAACGCAUUUCGACGUGUUAAUCAUCUCAGCUGCCUUCAAGGGAAAGAGCACUAUACAACGUCACCGGAUGAUUUACGCCGCACUGUCAGAUGAACUGGCACAAGGGCUUCAUGCCAUCUCCUUGCGUACCAAAACGCCUGAGGAGGUCGACCCUGCGUCGGCUGCUAGUUCCCGAUGACGCUGUGAAUGACCCUGCCUCGGAGUCACUGGUUGGUGUUUUGUGGUUCGACAAUCAUGAGGGAGCCGUUGUUUAAUUAAUGUGCCGCCCAAAGCUCCUGGCGGUGGGUUCGCCUCAGGGCUCUGCCACAUAUACUGCGCUCAGUUUACACUGAGGAUGGUCGGAUGACUACAUCUAUCCUGUUAGAUUUUUAUUUCUAAUGUUAAUUUGGAUGGAUGGAGGAUGGUCAUGGCUAAAA